AUGGGCGUGUUGCCGAGUCUCUUGUUGCGGGAUAAUCUGACGCAGGCAGUGGAAAGUUUAACGGGUUACCCACAAGUCGACCUUGCACUGAAGAGUCAGGGUUUACCUCUCGAAGAUUUUGUUGCGAAGAACUGGGCUGAAUUGGCUGGUUCGGGUGUUUGGCUUUCGGAGUAUGAGGUUUACUUCGUUGUCACUCGGGUGAUUUACUAUCCCUCGGGAACCCUCGCCGAGCCAACGAUUAGUUUCUUACGUGGGCGUGUCUUCGACGCGCUGUGGAACCACCUGGACAACUAUACACUAGACUGGGAUGAGGAGCCUAUUACCUUCCCCCGCAUGCUUGAUAUCCCCGUUAUUUGGAACGAGGGUGGUGCAUUCAUCGGGCCUGAAGACCCGCGAGUGAUCAUUGAAGAUGGGGUACCAGGCGCUGAGCCUGUGAUUGUUUUCAGCAUGCUCUCUGAAAAGGUUGACGGGCGCCGGGCGAUGUGGGUGCAUCGACCUUUCACGAAUAUCACCAACCCCUUGACAAUCCGGGGUGAAGUGCAAAGAGCCGAAGAGAAGAACUGGGCGCCCUUCUUCCACUCGGAAUCUUCCCUAUAUCACCAGCCCAGUCGCCAUCUAAACUUCGUCUACAGCCUGCAGCCUCUCCGAAUUCUGCGCUGCCAUAUCCGCCACGGCCUCUGUGAUUGGACUUUCAAGCAAGAACUCCCUGCUGGAAUGAUCCACGACCAUCCGGAAAUCAGAGGUGAAAUGCGCGGUGGUACCAACUUUAUCCAAGUCCACGAGUCAGACCCGGACAUAUCUCUCUGGGUCGGAUUUCCACGCACACAUCUGGACGGCAUCUGCGGCGGCGGCGGCAGCAGCAACUCUGACCCCAGUGGCUCCAUCUACCGCCCGGAACUAGUCAUUCUCGCAAACAGCGGAUCCGAGUUCCAUAUCGUAUACGCCAGCGAAGCGCUCGAUUUCGGGACCGCCGUGCUCGACAAAGCAGCACGCGAAGCGCCCUGCACGGAGGGCCGGAUUCUGAUGCCGAAUGGGAUUGUGCGGUGGGAUCAGGAUCGGCGCGAUCUGCUGCAGCUUGCGUUGAGCGUGAACGAUCAUACUACGCAGGUACUCUCUCUGCGUGGAGUGUCGCAGCUCGUGCAGUCGCAGCCGUACCUGAUGGAGUGGCGGAGGGCAAUCAGUCCGGACGGUGAGCCGUGGGGCCAACGCUGGUCAGCUGUGGGGGCUGAUGUGGUCGGGUGUACGGUGGUUGCUGCCAGGAAUGCCAGUGAGCAGUAUGGCUGA